GGACUACUCACUGCUGAAGGCAAAGACAUCAAAAAUAAAGAUGAAAUUCUGGCCCUAUUGGCCGCUAUUUGGGCCCCUAAAAAAUUGGCCAUAGUACAUUGCCCGGGUCACCAAAAAAAUAACUGAUCCAGUCUCUCGAGGGAAUAACCUCGCUGACCAGACUGCACGCCAGGUAGCACAAAACCUCAUUCAAGUACUCCCUGCGCAGCUACCAGACCCAGGGCCCCGAGAUUUACCCCCACAGCCUGAAUACUCAGAAGAUGAUCUUAUUUGGAUGCGCAAGCUCCCCAUGACACAAGUUACAGAUGGAUGGUGGAGGGACUCUAGAGACCGCCUUAUCCUUCCCGAAAAAUUGGGCCACGCAAUCCUGACAAAAAUACACCACUCUACCCAUUUGGGGCCCCGAAGACUUCAGGAUCUCUUCAGACAAUCUCAACUGGUAUUAAAAAACAUCUCUGACCAGACAGAAAGGGUUGUGACAGCCUGUUCUACAUGUCAACUCCAAAACGCGCACCCACAUACCACAGCCCAAGGCCACCGAAAAAGAGGAACCAUACCAGGAGCCCACUGGGAAGUGGACUUCACCGAGGUAAAGCCCGGCAAAUACGGCUAUAAAUACUUACUAGUGUUCAUAGACACUUUUUCAGGAUGGACUGAAGCCUUCCCAACCAAGAAGGAAACGGCGCAGAUAGUAGCCAAAAAGAUCCUAGAGGAAAUCCUGCCCAGGUAUGGUUUUCCAGUCAUGAUAGGGUCAGACAAUGGACCUGCAUUUGUUUCUAAGGUAAGUCAGGGAUUGGCUUCCGUACUUGGGGCAGAUUGGAAAUUACAUUGUGCCUACCGGCCCCAAAGCUCAGGACAAGUAGAAAGAAUG